CUCGCAUCAUCUCACACAUCUGCCAUUCCAUUCGUUCUUUCUUUCUUUCUUUCUUUCUUUCUCUCUUUCAUUCUUUUUUCUGUCGCUCUCCCUCAUAAAUUAGUCCAUUGCCCAGCCCCAGUCCUAUUGCUGGCAUUGAUAUCACAUCCAUUUAGCCCUCUUGCGGUUUCCAUCGCCUUCUUCUUCCCCUUCCCACUUCCCCUCGCCUCGGAGGAUACCACAUGACGUUCACUCGAGAGAUCUCAUCUGCCGCAAGGGCUGCAUCGUUCCUGGCCGCCUGUGCGGUUGCUCUAGUCUCGGGCACGCCUUAUCUUUACUCGACCUAUGCAAAUCAACUCACGACGAAGUUGGAUCUGACAGCCCUGCAGUCCAAUGCCGUGGCUGCUGGUGUUCACUAUGGCCUGUUCCUCUCAGGUCCCCUCUUUGGCCGGCUAGUCGACAGCCGUGGACCAAAAGUUGUUGGUCUAUAUGCGGCAGGGCUGCUCAUGACAGGUUAUACUGGCCUGGCAUUGACUUACUCCGGACUCUUCUACUCCUUUGGCUUCUUCCUGGCCUUUGUCUUCCUGAUCCUGGUAGGCAUGGGAAGUCAGGCUGGCUACAUGACCUCGGUCAGUACCAAUGCCCACAACUUUCAGUCUGCUAGAGGUCUGGCCAUGGGUGUCCCUAUCGCCUGCUUUGGCCUGUCCGCCCUCUUGUUUGCGCAGAUUAACAAUCAUUUCUACAAAGAUGACACCCAGGCAUUCCUAUACCUCGUUGCCAGGGCCAUCGCAGGCACCAUUCUGAUUUCGAUCUUGUUUCUUAAUGUCGUCCCGGUGGACGGUCAGGAUGGUAAAGAAGAUCCUGAACUGGCUGUCACAGCAGCCAGAUCUUUAAGCAUUGAGCACUCAGAGGAGCUUAAUGACGAAGUGGCAGAGGAAAGACGCAGGCGCACCCAGGAGCAAGAGCGACUUUUAGUCACGUCUUCAGCAGCCAUUUGCCGACCGGUCUCAGGAUUCAAGCUGUUCACUACAAUUCUCGUGGCACAACUGCUGUUUUUGAGUAUAAUGCUCCUGUCUGGACCUGGCCUCAUGUAUGUGACCAAUGCAGGCAACGUUAUCCGAUCCAUAUACCUCGACCAUAUGGUAGAUCCCUCGACCCCGCCCACGGAGGAGGAAUUGAUUCGCCUUCAGCAGCUGCAGAAUUACCACGUCUCCCUUAUCAGUUUGUGCUCUUGUCUGGGCCGCAUCUCGGUGGGAUUGAUGUCUGAUCUGGGCAAACGAGGGAGCGGCCGAUGGUGGGGCAUUAGCCGCAUCGGGUUCCUGCUCUAUGCAGGGAUAUGCGUAUGGCUGGGCCAGACUUUCGGUGCCAAUGUCAGUGAUAUUGGCGACUUGACAAAAGUCUCAGUCCUUGUAGGGCUGGGAUACGGCAGUGUUUUUGGUGUUGCCCCUACUAUUGUCAGCGAGUGGUUUGGCGUCAACAGUUUUGGCAGUAACUGGGGCUGGAUCUCUGUUGGAAACGCCAUCGGAGGACAGAUCUUCAAUCUUAUUUUUGGUUCUCUGUAUGAUCGCCAAGCUCAACAUGAGCACACGCUGCAGUGCUUCGGACCUGAGUGUUUUCGCACGUCCUUUGUCCUCGGAACGUGCUCCAGUUCCUUGGGAGUAGCGGUCCUGAUCUAUCUUGCCUUCAUCACUCGGCGGGGCCCAGCCAUUGGUCGGCGGGAAUGAAGCACGCCUGCAACUUUUGUCCGACAGCCAUGGCCCCUUGUCUAUACCACGAGCAGGAAGAGGUCUUCCUUCUCGUCUGCCUCACCUUUUCAUACGCAUUUUUGAUAGAACACACUACUAUGUAAAAAUAAAACAAAAAUGUAUCCCUAGG